AUGAGUAGGAGCAAAGUUUUCUUUGAUAUUUCUAUUGACAACAAAAGCGUUGGAAGAAUAGUGUUCGAACUAUUCACUGAUGUUACCCCACGAACAUGUGAAAAUUUUAGAUCUUUAUGUGCAGGCGAUAAAGUAGGUUCAAAAGGAAAAAACCUACAUUAUAAGAAUUCAAUUUUUCAUAGAAUUAUUCCACAGUUUAUGUGCCAAGGAGGAGAUAUAACAAAUGGAAACGGUUCAGGUGGAGAAUCCAUAUAUGGAAGAUCCUUUACAGAUGAAAAUUUUAAAAUGAAACAUGAUCAACCAGGCCUACUAUCUAUGGCUAAUGCAGGACCAAACACGAAUUCAUCUCAGUUUUUUAUUACCCUUGUUCCAUGCCCAUGGUUAGAUGGAAAGCAUGUUGUUUUUGGAAAGGUCAUCGAGGGAAUGAACGUAGUUAGGGAUAUGGAAAAGGAAGGAUCAAACAGUGGAUAUGUCAAGAGGCCUGUUGUCGUAACGAACUGUGGGGAAUUGUAG